UAUAUAUCUUCCGUUGCCGUGCCGAUAUUUAAUAAAUAAAUGUGUGGAUGUUACUAAGAGACUAACUGAUAUAUUUUUGAUGUCCAGGGAAACGAAAAAUAAAUGGGAGGAGAUCGAGACGAAUAUAUCUUUUUUAUUUAAACAUUUUAUCCACAGAUUUACGUUUUUUUUAAAAAUUCCUUUUAUUUAAAACAAAACACCUAAUUAAUUGUUCAGUCUUUCAAAUUCCCUCUUUCAGUCAUGAUUUGAUGAAUUUAGGUAUAUCAGAGAGGAUAACAAAAUUUAAACUUUUAUAUAUUUCUGUGUUUUUAUGAUGCUGAGGAGGAUGUUGUUGCCAGGAGAACGAGGAGGGGCUAAAAAAUUCAGAAUUGGUUGGUCACCAGGACUCCGGCAUUGGUCCUUUCUCCAUGGUUUUUGGUUCAAGGUGUCGUCAACAACAACGGCUACUAGUAUAUAUAAACACUUAACAUUUUUUAAUUCACAAUUUUAUUCAUUCACUUUGGUUACCAGACUGAAUUCAUUCAUGUCCAAUUUAGUAGUUUCUAUAAUAUUUGAAUAUUUAUUUAGAAAUUUUAUUUUUAUUUUACUAAAAAAUUUAAAAAAUAUUUAA